CUAUUGGCGGCUGGGGAUGUCAAUCACCGGGUCCCGGCCGGCACUCAGUGACCAAUGGCAAAGCUGACAGGGGAGAGACCUGUGUGUAAACAACACAGGUCUCUCUCCUGUCAGCAUGGAAUUCUGCUUUGUAUCUCUCUGCUGUGCAAAAUUUAAAGGAACUAAAAUGCAAUACAAUACUUGCACACAGCACACACGGCACACAGUUAACCCCUUUUUAUCGCCACAGAUGCUAAGCCCUUCCUGCCCAGUGUCAUUAGUACAGUGUCAUUGCUUUUUAUUAGCACUGAUCACUGUAUUAGUGUCAUUGGGGAUGUCAGUGGCAGUUAGUCAGUUUCCACCCAGUAUCACAAUGCCCAUUGCAGUCUGGCCGAUAAGUUGCUGA